UGAUCCGAGUUAAUGAUACUAGAGACUCGCGACUCAUGGGUUAAUUUAAAGACACGGGUGAAAGAUCCGAGUGAGUCACGACUCAAACACCUUUAUUAUAAAAGGCUGCAGCGAGGCUCAUAAGACCGCAUUCAUUCUACUUUCAUACUCAUGAUAGUCGCGGCGCAUCAUCUCAUAAAACUACAGACUAAGUUUCUAUUCCCAUCCCAACUGUUAAGAUGUCUAAAAGGAGUUUGAGCUUUUCGACGAUGGUGACGACUAUGCAAGUGAUCCUGACUUACACGUUCCUCUUGGACGUGGAAUCCCUCACUGGUUUCUGUGUAGACAAUCAAUGUUUUAGUGUACACGAGAACAUAGCAGAUUUUACUGCCGCAAAAAAGGUUUGUCAAGAUUUAAACGGACAUUUAUUGACAGUGCGAUCAAGUGCAUCAAGCAGUGCAAUAUCAACUUUAUUGACCGACUUAAAAGGUGACUUCUGGAUCGGGCUACAGUUUAAUGGCAACUGUCCCCAAUCCUCUGAUUUGAAAGGAUACAAAUGGAUUACGGGACAAGAAGAAGCCCACUUUCGCAACUGGGACAAGGACGACGCUGUUUGCCCUACCUCCAAACAGUGCGUAACGGUGUCCACAGACGACCUAAAGUGGAGGGAGAGAUCGUGUACUGAUACAGUCGAUGGAUUUAUAUGUGAGUUUGGAUUUGACUCAGGUUGUCAACCACUUCUGUCGGAUUCACAGAUCCUAACGUACCGGACACCGUAUGGCGUUGAGGGGCCUGAGCUUAGCGUUUUACCGUUUGGAAGUGUGGCGGAGCUCAAUGGUGGGACUCACUACAUUUGCGCUGAGAACUGGCAGAUAUCACCGUGGACCUGUGAGGUCUUGAACGGCGGCUGCGAGCAGAAGUGUACCAGGGUUAAUGGUAAACAUCUAUGCAACUGUUCUCCUGGCUACUUGGUUGAUGACCGCAACGGUCGGUCUUGCCGUUCAGAUCCUUGUAAGGGAUCUGGGUGUGAGCAGAGCUGCAUUCCGCAUAAUGGAAGUUUCUCCUGCCUUUGCGAACAGGGUUUCUCUCUAGAUGCAGACGGCAAGAGCUGCAAAGACAUAGAUGACUGCGCAGAUGAAAGAAUGUGCGCGGGGGCUCACACGAUGUGCGUAAAUACGCGCGGAGGUUUCCAUUGCACUUGCAAGACGGGGUUUGAAAUGCAGAAAGGCUUUUGUGUGGAUAUCGACGAAUGCGCUAAAAUGCCAUGUGAACACGUAUGCAUUAACACACCCGGCAGCUACAACUGCUCUUGCUAUGAGAGACACAAGGUAUCAGACGAAGACCGUCACAAAUGCAUAUUGCAUUGCCCACACCAGGAAUGUCCAGCUCUUUGUGAGAAACCGACGACGGAAACCGACGGAGAAAAAAUACUGAAAAACUGUAUAUGUCCAGAUGGUUACAUCCUGGACGACAACUACUUUUGUGUUGAUAAAGACGAGUGUGAUAUGGAUUAUUGCGAUCAGCACUGUCACAACACGUUUGGUGGAUACACCUGUUGGUGUGGUGAGGGAUAUGAGUUGGUGGACGGCCAAGAAUGUGUAUCAACUGAAGGAUCAGGCUUCACCACAUCAUACAGCGUUGUCACCCCGACCGUCAAGUACACAACAGAGAGCCCAUCAGCUGUGACAGCCGGUGGAUUCCUUGUACUUGGUGUUGUGUGUGCCUUGCUAGCCCUGUGUUUGCUCGUCUUCCACUGUCUGAAGCGUACAAGUGAAUAUUCGCUCAUCGGUGCGCGUAAAAGCACCUAUAUGCAUGACUUGGAACAAAUUACCACUGAAAACUACAAGCCACAUUUUAAUGUACUGUCACCUUCGCAGUGAGUAGCCUAAAAGACGAGGGAUAUUUUUUAGGUUUGUGUAUAUGAAUGUAACUAAAAUGCUAUACAUGAAUGG